GAGAUGUUGUUUACAUUUCAGGGAAUCCCCUUUUUCCUCACCAAGAAAAACUGAAGCAGCUGACUCCAUUUCCUCGGCAUCACCAACCAUUCCUCGACCAGAAAUGUCACCCUCCCCUCCCCCACCCAAGGAACAUCGUCACAAAAGACCAUCUCCUUUGGGGAGAUCAUUACCUACAGCACCCCUGGUGGGGAGGGAUCUCCAACGACCACACACUUCUGGAGAGUUUAGGAUAAGAAGGUAUCGACAAACAUCCACAGAAGAAAAAGUAGAACGGUUACUAAAGAAUAAGUUGGAUUUGGACGUCAAUGAAAAUCAAUCAAUAUCUACGGUGGUUGCCAGGACCCCUCCAUCAGCUUCAUCUGUGGUAGAGACUGAGCUGAGGUCGUCUUCAGCUCCUGUCAGAGCUCUCAGGCGUUAAAGAGUUUUACCAGACCCACCAAGUACUCAGAGAACAUCUGAAGAUUCGCCUCAACCAUCCAGCCGGUCACCUGUCACUCAGGUAUCCCAUGGUUACAGGCCUGGUACAGCUGCCGCUGCUCUACAGAAGCGAAGGCUCAAACCAAACUAGUAAUAGGUUUGAUUGAGAUAAACCUGAUAUGGCAACCAGUUGGGCAUCUUCAAGUAAAGAAAAUCUAAACUUUGCACGCCUUUCUAAGUUAUUGAUUGAUGGUGGAACACGUGCCUUAAGAGAUGUAUUUGACUCAAUCCAUUCACCAAGCUCCCUUCACAGGACACUACUCAGUACAACAGUGCAUUCUACUCUAAAUGGACUGAGGGCAAAGAGGAUUCUAAACAAACGACAAUGGGACAGACUCUAUCCUGCUAGCCGAAGCACAGCUGUCACUUCAGCAGAUUUUGACAUCACACUGUUAUUUGUUCUACUGCGUAAUAUAUGUGGUUUAACACCUCCGUCAACAGGAUGGGACAAGCCUCCUGUUGCUACAGACCUGAGUAGAGAAGCUGAUUUGGCUCGGGUCAAAUAUUAUAGAAAUGAACUUUAUGGCCACAUCACAGAAACAGUUGUUAGUUACAGUGAUUUUGAGAAAUACUGGAGUGAAAUCUCAGAUGUGUUGGUGAGACUGGGUGGACCUCAUUACAAACCAGAGAUUGAGAAGAUGAAAAUAGAUACAAUGGACCCUGAAGAGGAAAAGAAUUUUAUUGGAGCACUUGAAGAGUGGGAAGAAAUGGAGCAGAGAUUAAUUAGAAAGAUGGAGGAGAUCCUUGCUAAGAGAAUGAAAAGAAAUUCAGCAGAUGCUUCACAGGCCAAAGAAUAUACAGAAAAACUGAAGUCAUCCAUUAAACAGCAAACCGAUUUUCUGUUGUCAGAGGAAGAAGACAAGAAAAUUAGAACCGAUGACAUCUUUACGAGUGUGACUAGCCAACGCGGUAAAAAACACUUCGAGGAACCCAAAGAAAAGAGAUUUGGCAGGAGGCAAUUGGAUGUAAUUCAAGCGAGUAGUACAAAACUCACAAACUGUUCAGAAAUGUUUCUUUGCCCAGAAAAUGAUGAUCAGAAAUCUACAGCUUCUUGCACGACCAAUCCUAAAUCUAUCUUGUUGACGGGCAAAGCAGGAAUUGGGAAAUCCCUCUUUUGUCGUAAGCUGGUACGGGAUUGGUCGCAUAACCGAUUGUUUGAGGAAGAUCAAGAAAAURCAAAAGUACCUGAUUUUCAGUUUGUGUUCUUGUUGACAUUCCGUCAACUUGUUCUUCCAAAAGAAAAAAGGCUUGACUUACGUGAUAUCUUAAGUCAGUCCUCCCUACUGAACGAAGACUCGGUGAUAGACGAGCCAUUACUGCAGUACAUGAUUGAUAAUCCUGAGAAGCUGCUCAUCAUACUCGAUGGGUAUGAUGAGUAUAAACCGCAUCGAGAGAAAAUCAUCGGGGACUUUGAGACAAGAUACCCAAACGACCCACAUGAAAAACUACCUGUUCCUGCUCUGAUUGCCAAAAUCAUGAAAGGCAAGAUGUUAAACGGUGCAGUGGUCCUGAUAUCCUCGAGGCCUGAAGAAGCCGAGGAAUUAAAAGAAAUUGUCUUUGAUGUGAGAUGUGACAUUCAAGGAUUUUCUUCACUUCAAGUGUUAGAAUACAUCCAAAAAUAUUUCAAAGAGAACGAAAGCAUGAAGAACAAAGCACUUGAUCACAUCAAAACGAAUGAAAUUCUUUUAAGUUUUGGUCACAUUCCUGUGAUGUGUUUUCUAAUGUGCUACUGCAUUAAGUGGUACAUGACUGAAUCAAAAUCCACAGAAAAACUACCCGUCACAAGAACAGAACUUUAUCUUGAAGUAAUCAAAGUAUUUAUCAAGAAACAUUCCUCUUCUAAAUAUGAAGAAAUGGAAGAAAGUAAAGUACAAGAAAUAUUACAUAAACUAGCUGAACUAGCGGUGAAUUUAAUGAUGGAAAAUAAAUAUAUUUUCAACGAAAAUGAUAUGAAAAAAUUCAAUCUUAACGAUGAAGAAAUAAGAAACCUGAAAGCGAGUGGAUUACUUGACUGUUGUCCUGGCGUUAAAAAAUCUCCAUUCGAGAAACCACCACUUGAAUUUACGUUCACCCACUUAACGAUUCAAGAAUUUCUCUGUGCUUUUUUGUUUGUAGAGAAAAAACAAAUCCCAGAGAAAAAGAAAACGAGCGAUGUGACAUUCAUGUUCAUGGCGGGAAUGUUUUCAAGAGAAAAAGAUGAAAAACUGAUGGAAAAGUUGAUAGAAAAUACCAAACCAGAGGACAAAGACGAUCAUAGGAAUAAACUGCUAACUUUAUCCUGUCUUUACGAGUACAAAGACGAUGGAUUUUCUACCAGAGUAAUAAAUAACCUUAAACACAUAUACUGUGAUAUGCUCGAGUGGAUGGUAUUUAGUGAAGUAACUGAUAUCGAUUGUUUGUACAUAAGUUAYUUAUUAGAUAUAGUGAAUUUAAUCAACGCAGAAAAAACUAAACAACAUCCAAUAUUUACACAGUCAUUCAUUGUUAAUAGAUUGUGCAUUGGUGGGUCAUCUUUAUCAGCAUCAGGGAUCAGAAUGUUGUGUAAUUCUCUUGUUAGUAUUUCUACUAUUGUUGAACUGUGGCUGAUUGCUUGUAACUUAGACGAUGAAUGUGUUAAAAUAAUAUGUGACAUGUUGCCUCGUACUAAGAUAACAGACCUAUACCUAGCUGCUAAUAAUAUAACAGAUGUUGGUGUUAUAAUAAUAUGUGACAUGUUGCCUCGUACUAAGAUAACAGGCCUAUACCUAGGUGGUAAUAAUAUAACAGAUGUUGGUGCUCGGUGUCUGUGUUCAGUAUUAAUACGUGAUGAUUGUCGUGUAAAAGAGUUAGACUUACUGGGUAAUAACAUAACAAGUAAAUGUGAACUGUAUUUAAGACAACAACUGAUCCCUGGUGUUAAGUUGAUUAUUUAGAUCAAUAAAAAUUAUAUAUGUCCAAAGUACUGAAUGAACUCAUUAUAAACAAGUAGAAUAUAAUCUGCUUUGUAAAUAAUGUCAUAUUUUUAAUUAAAUAAUAAUGAAAUUCUUGUA